AUGAGUCCACCGACAGCAUCUCCACUGCAACACGUGAAGGGGGGAACCUUCUGCUUUGGGGAUGUUUCACUCACCAAAAUCCCUCCUGAGAUGCCAGCCAAGCGUGAAGUACAAGCAGGUGUUUCCCUCAUCGAUCGUCCACAAACAGGACAUGCAGCCCGUCCAUCAGCACCCACCAGGCCCAGACCGUACCAGGGUGUUCGAGUCAAAGAUCCAGUCAAAGAGCUGCUGAGAAGAAAGAGAAGUACCACCACAGCAGGAAGUACUGUAGAUGUGAUUACACACAACAAGCCGUCCUACACACAAGGAGUCCUCGAUGAGGCCAGCUGCUCCAGCGAUUCGCUGGCUGCAGUGUGCCACGGAGACGGGCAGAGUUCCCAAUGGACGGCGUCCAGGACCACGUUGCAGCCUGCGGUACCCGUCUGGUCUCCAUCUGAUUGCCAACAGGACGCAUCCACGCAGCAUCUUUGCUACACGACCGCCUCCACUGUGACAGCGGAUGUCUACAUGCAAACUCUGUGCCCCAGCUGCACCAUGCUGACAUACACGCAUACGCCACUGCUCACCAACUUUGGGACCAUACCUGUGGCCCCGGCAGCAUGUUCCCUUCCUCACGUGGAGCUCCCAGAAUCAGGGUUCGCUUAUAUCCCCUGGUCCCAACCCUUCACUGCUCUCUCGACUAUGCCCAGUUCAGGAGUCCAGUUUGGCCCAGGAUCUGCGACGCUGUCAGGGUCCUCGGUGGUCCAUAUGCCUUGGUCCACCAUGUUCCCUCAGCAAGACCCUCAAGGUAUGGAUUGUCAGCCCCAGAACCUGGAGCCCCUGCAAUAUUCACACCAAGUCAACCCUGAGCCACACAGUGAGGCACCGGAUGAAGAUCAGGGUGCAGAAUUGGACGAGUCCAACCUGCUGGAUAAAAUUCUGGAGGGUCAGAGAAAAGAUGAUGAAUUGGGAGGCAAGGAGUCGUACAGUAGCUCACUUUUUUUACCAAAUGCUUAGUGAUGGAACUUCGGGGCCAUCCUAACACCUUGCAUCGUUCUUCACCACCCACAGAGCAGAGACCUUCUUACCAUCACACAGAAAAACUAUUCUCAUAUUUUUCACUUUCAUGAUUCAGGAUUUGAUCUUAUGAAGCAUUUGUAACAGAAUCAGAAAAUGGAAGAGCCCAUGUUCAUGUCCAUGGGACAAUGAAUACAGACGCUUACAUUUUUUCUGGUUGCAUUGAAAUGUGCCUGACACUCUGAAAAACCAGCCUGUGAGGUUGUGGUAACAUGUGUACACUGCAUGCUCAUCAGCCAAUUUACCACUGUUCAGUGCACUUCGCCUGCGCCAAGAAUACACCAGGUCGGAGCUAGGGAGCUUUCUGCGCACCUUUGGCGGCCUACUUUGUCACAAAAUUGUCACUGCAUCAAGCUGAAAAUGUGGACACCUCCCCUGGUGCGUCGCCAUGCCCAUCUCGACACAGUUUAGUCUACCAAAGUACAGUACUGCACUGGACCAAAUUACCACUGCGUGGGGUGCGCCAACCUGCGCCACUUUGAGCUGCGCCAUGAAAUUAGAGCCCUCAAUGUCAACAAAGGUGAAUUCAUAGGGUGUUAACAAGGCAUUCAAUAAAUGAUAAUCAGCGCCGCUGAAAUAAAACUAAUCUCCAGUCGAGAAAGAGACUGGAGAGAGAUUCCUACGGUGUUUUAUUUUUUUAGUUUUAUUUCAACAACACCUUCAAGUUUCCUUGUGUUUUGCAUUCUUGUCCUCUUGCUCGCUCCUGAUUCAUGAUGUCUUUUGGACGACACGUUGAAAUUUCACCUUCUGUAGCUCUGCAAGAGCCUACCUGCACACGCACCCCUCUGAUUGGUCAGGUGGGGAGGGCUGUCAAUCAAUGUGCGGCCUCUUUUCUCUCCUCCGCCUCAUGGUAGCGCAUCCAAUGCGCAUACGCGUUACUGUACAAAUACCUCCCCUCGUGCAAAAUGUGGGCCCCCCCCAUGAAGCCCCCUACACGUGGCGUGUUCUGCGUUUAGGAGGACCCUGAACCCUCCUGUCUCUAGCUGUUGUUUGCAAA